AAACAGCGGCUAUGCUCACUACCUGAGUAAAAGCACCUCAAGGACAGAACACAGCAAGCUUCAGAAGAAACAGAAGAAACUCGCCGGCUCUGUGCUGCAGGCGCUCUUACUUUACUUUAACCAGAGUGUGUAGCUCUCUGUCUGGUCUGAAAAAGGAAAAUGGCUGAGGCCCAUCAGGCAGUGGGCUUCCAGUUCACUGUACGCCCAGAUGGUGUGGACCUGAAGCUGAGUCAGGAGGUCAUCAAAAACAUCUAUCUGUCGGGAGUGACUGCCUGGAAGAAGAAAGCCAUUCAGUUCAAGAAUGGCAUACUGACUGGGGUUUACCCUGCCAGUCCCUCCAGUUGGCUGAUUGUUGUGAUUGCCAUGAUGAGUUCCUUGUACACUUACAUCGACCCCUCUCUUGGAAUGAUAGAGGCCAUCAAGGAAAAUCUGCCAUACAAAGACUGCAUGUCAGUGCAGACCAGAGCGGUGCUGAGCGCAAUCUUGUUUGCCACGGGACUCUGGCUGUUCUUCAUCUACCUCAUGAGAUACACUCUGAAGGCUCUUCUUUCCUACCACGGGUGGAUUUUUGAAUCCCAUGGAAAAAUGAGUAGAGCUACCAAACUGUGGCUGAGUCUGGUAAAGAUGUUUUCUGGACGAAGGCCCCUGCUCUACAGCUUCCAGGCUGCCUUACCCCGACUCCCUGUCCCCCGAGUGGAUGAUACUGUCCAGAAGUAUCUUGAAUCAGUGCGCCCUCUGCUGGACAGUGAACAGUACAACCAAAUGGAGAUUUUGGCAAAUGGCUUUAAAGAAACUGAAGCAGCGCAGCUCCAGAGAUACCUCAUCCUAAAAUCCUGGUGGGCCACAAAUUAUGUAAGUGACUGGUGGGAGGAAUACAUCUACCUGAGGAGCAGAAGUCCUAUAAUGGUCAACAGCAACUUUUAUAUCAUGGACCUUUUGUAUGUGACCCCAACACACCGGCAGGCCGCUCGGGCAGGAAACGUGGUUCAUGCCAUGCUGCAGUACAGGCGCAAGCUGGAGCGCGGUGAACAUGUACCUCUGAGGGCAUUAGGGAUCGUUCCAAUGUGUUCCACUCAGAUGGAGAGAAUGUUUAACACCACUCGGAUACCUGGUAUAGAAACUGAUAUUGUGCAGCACCUCACAGACCGAAAGCACCUCAUUGUCUACCACAAGGGCCGCUUCUUCAAAGUGUGGUUGUAUACCGGGGGCCGCCACCUCCUACCCAGCGAACUGGAGACCCAGUUUCAAAGGAUUCUCAAUGAUAAGUCAGAACCCCAGCCAGGAGAACUAAAACUAGCUGCCCUUACUGCAGGAGACAGAGUUCCUUGGGCGCGCGCACGGAUUAAAUACUUUAGCCAUGGACUGAACAAAGUGUCCCUGGAUGCUAUUGAGUCUGCUGCAUUCUUCCUGACACUUGAUGAAGAGCCACAGGGUUACGACCCUGCAAAGGAUAACUCGCUUGAUAUUUACGCCAAGUCUCUGCUGCAUGGCAAAUGUUAUGACAGGUGGUUCGACAAGUCUUUCACCUUAAUCUCAUAUCCAAAUGGAAAGAUGGGAGUCAAUAUUGAGCACUCUUGGGCUGAUGCACCCAUUGUUGGACAUAUGUGGGAGUAUGUUCUUGCAACAGACUGCUUUCAUCUUGGCUACACAGAGGAGGGACAUUGUAAAGGGGACGUGAACAGGGGCCUUCCUUGUCCCACUCGACUACAGUGGCAGAUUUCAGCAGAGUGCCAAGACGUUAUUGAAACUUCAUACCUGUUAGCCAGGCAGCUAGCUGAUGAUGUGGACUUCCAUGGCCAUCUGUUCUCAGAGUUUGGCAAAGGCCUGAUCAAGAAGUGCAGGACGAGCCCUGACGCCUUCAUUCAGCUGGCUCUGCAGCUGGCACAGUUCAGGGACCAGGGUGUGUUCUGUCUGACAUACGAGUCAUCAAUGACCCGUAUGUUCAGGGACGGGCGAACAGAGACGGUGCGCUCCUGCACCUCUGAGGCUGUUGCUUUCGUCCGGGCAAUGGAGGAUCCGAGGUCAACAAAUGCCCACAGGCUUGCACUGUUUCAGAGGGCAGCAGAAAAGCAUCAGAACAUGUAUCGUCUGGCCAUGACUGGGUCUGGUAUCGAUCGGCACCUCUUCUGCCUUUACAUAGUGUCCAAAUACCUCGGCGUUGAAUCACCAUUUCUUAAGAAGGUGCUUUCAGAGCCGUGGAAGCUUUCGACCAGCCAGACUCCCCAGCAGCAGCUUAAUUUAGUUGAUAUCAACAAGUUUCCUAAAUAUGUGGGUGCCGGAGGUGGAUUUGGCCCAGUGGCCGAUGAUGGCUAUGGUGUGUCUUAUAUCAUUGUUGGGGAAAAUCUCAUCACAUUCCACAUCUCCAGCAAGUUCUCCAGUCCUGACACAGACUCCGGUCGGUUUGGUCAACACAUUUGGAAAGCCAUGAUUGACAUCCAGGCACUUUUCAAGCUGGAAAACAAUAAGAGGAUGGUGGAGAAUGGAAAAUGUGUGCAUCUGGAACAUUUGAAAAAGCUUAUGUAGGAGUCUAUGGGGAGGAGUUUUGUUGGUGUGCUUUCGUCAAAACAAAGAUCAGCUAAAUAAAUUGCACUUUUAUUUCUGCUUUUCUGGUGAGCCUCAUCACAGGAGCUGGGCAUUCCUCUCAGACUAAGAGAAUGGUUAUCACUUCUCUAAUUUAUUUCUGUUUUUGUUUUACAUGCUCGAGUUGCUUGUAAUUUGUUAUUUACAUGCUUGUAAUUUAAUUAUUGGAUUCCUACUAUCCCUUUUUUCUUGUCAGUGUAUGCAAGGGAGUAUAAAAUGAAUCCAGUCUGAUGUAAAAAAAAAUUAAUCCUUAGUAGUGUGUUAUUGAUGCUGACAAAACUAAUUAAAUAUUUUUUCUGGAUAAACCUGCACUGUAUAAAAUGCCCCUUUACAUGCAGUGUGCAUCUUUAGCCUUUUUUCACAUUUAAACAUUGAAAAAAACUGCAGAUAUGACACAAAACAUAUUGUUUUAUAGCAGCUACAAUCUGGCUUUGUAAAACAGACAUUACAAAUUAUGACAUCUUAUUUUUUAUAUCAACUAGAAGGAAAAAUAUGGAAUUACUCGAUGUCUAAGAACAUAUCAAAUCAUGUACUGAAAAAUAUAACAUUAAGCACUUUGUUUUAUGCCCUUUGGAUUUGUAUGACAGCUUAGAUUGUUUCGGACAUGGACUAUGAAAUACAUUCAUUAUCCAUUAUGUUCUGACAUGCUAAUUUAUCAGAUGACAGAUUAGCUUUUACAAAAUUUUGCCUCAUGAUGCAGUUUUUCACAAAACAUUUUCUGUCAGAAUGAGUUUUGGAGAUUUGCUCACCAAAGAUUUCACUCUUUGCUCAGGGAAGCUGCUUUACCAUCAUCAACCCUGCAUAUUAACUGAAUGAGAAAGGUGUCCACAAUUCUGAGGGAGUGUACAAAACUUUACAGUUGUCCAGCAGAUGCCGCUUUAUUGUCGAGUUUAUAUAGAAAUCAGCUGAAAGGAUUUACAUGACAUUCAGUAUUCCCAAUCCCUGGAGCAUCAUAACUCACCUCCGCUGUCUAUCUGGGAGAGACCUGCACAUGUUAACAUCAGUUAAUUCAUUAGUUGCAUGUUUAACAAAUCAGUCCAACUUUCUCCGCCGUAUAGAGUCUUUUGGAAAAAGGUGUGUACUCACACUAUGAUUCCCUGUGUUUCCACAGAACGGGACAACACAAUUUACCGAAAUUACAUAUUUUCAAGGAGGGAAAUUAACAAAACACACACAAACACUGUUUUGGUAGGUGGAAAACAAAUUUCAAACUACCCUUGCUCUCGCUAAAAUCUGUGUUCAUGGUUGAAUUGCACAAUAUUUCUCUGUCUAAAAGAAACACACAUAAAACAGCUUUAAGGUCAAUGUUCUGAGGCCAUGAUGUCGACAUGAUAAUGUAUGGAGGAAGUGGGUGUGGCUUAUGGGCAAAUUUUUUAUUUAACCUUUGCACUUGAACUUGAAGAGAUUUGAGUAACUGAUCUAGUAAUGAAACUUGAGUGUGUGAUCUGCCACACAUGCAAAAAAGUCACAGAGAAUUACAUUGCACAUGUGAUUUUGUUUUUUUUCUGUUCCUUUUUAUAGUGUGUUACAGCUAAUAAAAAAUAAAAAAAACAAA